AUGAUGCGAAAUAAGAUAGAUUCCAACAAAGUUAUCGUUCAUCUCGGUCUGUCCUAUCUAGUUUUAUGCACCUUCUGCCUGGGUACUAGUUUUGGUGAUUGGUUUUCUUCUACGCACGACAUCGGAGAACUAGUGAAGCAUGAAGUCAAGUACCUGUCUUCAUUGGAUAAAUUUACCAAGCUCGAAACGAAAAGCACAAGCCAAGAAAUACUUACAGAGUUGCAGAGACUAACGUCAAAUAUAAGAAAGAUAUCAAAGAUUGCUGUGGCUGAUUUGACCAAAUAUUUGUCUAAUCCUAUCAAUUUGUAUAAAACCAUACAACGAUACUCGAUUCAAUGGCGGGAAGUUGGAAGGUUAUUGGAAAGUUUCAAACACAAGCAAGGUUUCGCCGUUGAUUUUUCCAAACUUACAAAGAAAUUUCCGGAUCAUAUCGACAUGACAGGUGCUCAGAGGUCUAUACUUCGCAUACAACGAGCUUAUCGUUUACACACCAACGAUUUGAUGAAGGGAAUGAUAAAAGGUGUAUUGGAUCUAGGUAACGAAGCUCUCGAAAGUCUGAAAGGUGAAGAUGCUUUUUUAAUCGGACAACUUGCAAAGACGGAUUUACAUUAUAAUCAAUGUGUUUCAUGGCUGGAUGAAGCAUUAGCUCAGCAUCGGCCAGAAAGUAACUACUCAGUGGAAAAAGUCGUUGAUUAUUUAUCCUUCUGUGAAGCGAAGAGAGGCAACCUUCGAAGGGCUACACAGUUGCUGAAGCAGAAUACGAAAGUUACCACCCUGUCUAGUGGAUUGGCCUUACGUGACCGACUAAACAAAGUUCGUGCCCAGUGGCUAACAUCCUUUCUACGAGUUUACGGGAUGAAAGAUUGGGAUAACGAGACAGAAGUUUAUGAAAGACACUGUCGCGGCCAAACAAUA